GAGAGCAUCUGAACAGUUAGCUGAAAGAGGGUAUUAUAGGAUUUAUUGCAAGGAUGUUAGUAGAGAAAAUUAACAUAACAUUUUUUGAGAAAUAGAAUUUAAAUAUAUCUGAAACUUGAAACAAAACUUCUUAUAAGCAACUGAUCGGACAGAUGGACAGCGUGACAGAUUGUUUUGCAGUAUGAUAAAUAUGAAGCCUAGCAGGUAAAUGGCGACGUCAUCAAACUUUGAACCACCUUUUCUCAUGAAAGGACUCGUCUUUAAAUCUCCACCAGAAAAAGAUUUCGAUAGAAAACGAUGGCAUGAACGAUGGUGUACGUUAAAAACUUUAUAUACCAAACCAAAAAGUCUGAAAAAGAAGAAAAAGCGCUCCAGUAUUAGAAACGCCCUUAGUUUUAGAUUAAGCUCUUCCAACACAGAGGAAAAAGCCUCUAGCGAAGCUUCUGAGGAUGAUGCCAAAGAAUAUAUGGUUUUCUCCUAUUAUGAAAAAGAACAAAAUGAUACUCCCAUACAAGAGUUUAUCGUGGAUGGAGCCAAUGUAACGAAGCAUGCGGGAGGUAUACAUAAUUAUAAAUAUGCAAUUGAAAUAAAGCUCUCUAACUUUGACAAUAACAGAUUGAUAUAUUUAUGCCAUAAGGAAGAUAAAAAACAUGAACACGAACAAUGGUUGGAGGCUCUCUUACGUAAAGACAAAUUAGAUGGAGAGGAUAAUGACAACGAGUAUUCACAGUACACAGAAAAAUCCGAAGUUUUUAUACCAGACGAAAAUAAUCCAAUACUACAAAAUCUUCGUAGAACACAGGAAAAAAUGUUACUUGAAGAGAGUUACGAUGUAUUGCAGACAGAUACAUUAUGUGAGGAAAUCAACAGAUUCCAAAGUGGGAAGGAACAAACUGACUCAGGAAUAUCAGGUGGCUCAGAUUAUGUCGUCAUUGAUUAAUGAUAUUCUUUGUAAAUAUGUAUUUUAGAAUUAAAAAAAUAUUGAUUUUUAGGAGUGUUUAAGUUGCUGCGUUGUUUGUUGCCUUUUACGAUGCCAGUUCAAGUUAUCACCAUUUACAUUUAUUUUCAAAUUUAAACAGUCAAAUUUUCAUAUCGGCAUUUUUUAUGUCACCAUAUGACAACUAAGAUCAGUCAGUGGAAGAUCGGCUAACAAACAACCUAGUCCUUAGUGUUUGCCCAUAGAGCCGCCCUGUCGGCAUUUCAUAAGGCGAACAAAUUAGUGAUAGUGUAUUUUUAUAUUUAUACUUAUUUGUCAUUGUAUAUAAAAAAUUGUAAUAUCUUUUUCAUUAUUUGUGACUAGUGUUAUUAAGAUAUUAAUAUGGACAUCCACACCACAGUCUUGCCACCUUUUAAAGCGCAUUUACGAUCAAGUUGAAAAAGGGUAAAAUUUAUGGCAUGCAUUUUUUAGCAUUUCCGGAAGGUGUUUUCAAAUGCAAUUUUUGGUCACAUCUAGGAUAACAUUUAUAUUAAGAUUUUAAGCCUUGUUUAUGUAGCUAACCAACAAACCUUUCAGAGAAUUCUGCCAUUUAAAUAAUGGCUAAUCAUAUUGUUUAAUAUCUUUUUCAAAAAUUCACAUUUUUUAAGGUUAUGAUAAAACAAGCCUAUAGGUAGCAUUUUCAAUUUGCAAAUUAGGUUUCCGUGUAUAUUCAAAAUUAAUUGUUAGUGGUUGUACAAUGAUACAAAUAAACCAUGUAGAACCUAGUAGAACAGAAAAAAUAUCUUCCUCACA